UGUUGGUGCCACCGCUCACACCCACUGUUGCAUUCCAUUUGCAGUUCAAACGGCGUUUUUGUGCGCGUCGUUUUUUUUGUUGAUUGAUUAAUAAUUUUUUAUUGACAAUAAGCGAACAUACGAUGGACACGCCGCGCCGCAAGCUGCGCAAUUUGCACAUGGAGAACGUGCAGAAUAGCAGCACUCCGAUUCGCGUGCCACCGUCGCCGAUGUUAAAAACCCUGGGCCACGGAACCGGCGUCAGCGUUUACCGCCUGGACCGCUCGCCGCGGUGCGGCCAAAUCCGCUCGCCAUGGGCCGUCAAGCGGAUCACGCAGAAUAUGAGGGCCAAAAAGGACACACUCUUCAACGAGCGGAUAGUCCACGAAGCGGAAAUCCUGCGCAAACUUCAACAUCCAAAUAUCGUGGGAUUCCGUGGUGUUGUGACCAGCGACGAGGGCGUUAACACCUUGGCCAUCGAAAUGUGCACCACCUCGCUGGGUUCCAUACUCGAGGAACGUCACGACGAGGAUCUGGGUCCGCUGCCGGCCAAAAACACCUUUAAGAUGAUCAUUGACGUCGCACUUGCCCUGGAUUUCCUUCACAACGAGGCUCGCAUGCUGCACGGUGACCUCAAGUCUUUUAAUGUCCUGGUUAAGGGAGAGUUUGAGAUCUGCAAGUUGUGUGAUUUCGGGGUCUCCUUGCCGCUAGACGAGCAAGGCGAGAUUAAUUUCCUUAAGAAUCCAGGGUUGCGAUAUGUGGGAACCAGCCUUUGGUGCGCUCCGGAGAUAAUAGACGAUGUGGAUAUCAUUGACAGCAAGGCAGAUAUUUUCAGCUUCGGCCUGGUUAUCUACGAAACUUUGGCCCUGGUGCCGCCACACACCUUGGAACUCGAUGCAGCGCUGGGGGAAGAUAUGGACAGCUCACACGAUUUGGCCACCGACGCAGAGAAGCUGCAGCGCAAACAGCUGGAUUUCACCAGCGGUGAAACUAAAGCCGGGGUAGCUGCAGAAAUCGAUGGGGAACACACGGACAACGAGAUGAGUCAGGAAGUGAUUGAAGAGGUCGAGGUGGACGAGGAAGAGGAUGACACUAAGGAGAACGAAACCAAGGAGAGCGACCUUUCUGACUUCACACUGAACAACCUGCAUUCAGCUUAUGGUACACGCCCGCCACUGCCGGUUGCUUUUCAACUCAGCGACGAUUACAACUGCAUCGUGGAGCUGUUCUACCUGUGCACAAAUGCUCUUAGCGAGGAUCGUCCGGCGGCAAAGACCGUUUGGCAGUGUCUGGAGAACAAUGCCGCGAAUGUGGCGACGGGAAGCGAUUAGACUGAUCAUCAUUCUCAUCCUCCACGCUCCACAAUCUUCUUCCAUUCGGAUAUUAGCUCUAUAAUGUAAUUUCUCUAGAUGUCUCAUUUUUGUUUGCAUGUAUGGGUAACUAGAUAUAAUUUCAACUCUGUAUAAAAAGACAAACGAAGAUUGCAUACACAUAUAUACAAAUUUUCAGAUUGGAUAAGUUAAGUGUACAUAUUCAGCAACCAAAAGAGAGAUCGAAUAAAUCGAGUUUCAACUGAAA